AGGCGAAGGAAAUCAGUAGCGACAACAUCAUCAUCAUCGAAGCGCUCACAUCCACAAAAAAACAUGCUCUAGGUGGCCGCGACGACAACAAUAACAAAUGCGCAUCGCUGAUUGUCAAUAUUCUCUUUUUGUUGUUAGUUGGUUUUCGAUUUGGAUUGUCGCGCUCCGUCCGUAUCUCACUCGCUUUUUGAGCGAAUUUGAUAUGUGAAUAUAGACGUUCCAUUCCAAUUUUAUUUUUUUGGACGUCGCCACAGUUUUGCUCGGUCGUUCGGGCUCAGCAGUUCGCUCGCGAAAACCGUACACAACGAGCGCGUUCCUUGCUUAUCAAAAAUCCACAAAUCGGGAAAUUCGUGUAUUAUGUUCGUGCGUGGCUGUGGUGUGUGGAUCAAUCUAAGUUAAUGUGAGUUUGUCUCCUGAUGUCAUCUCUUGAAGUGUUAAAUUUUAUGUGCGGUUGUGUAAUAAAUUGAAAAAAAAAAAUACAUAUUGUUAUGUGUGUGUGUUAUUAGAUGAUCGAUGGAAGGAAAGUGAAGUUGAUGUGAAUCGAGCGCGUUUUAUCGUUUCUUUCCAAUUAUUUUAUUUUUUGCUCUCUCUCUCUGUAUUUCUCGAGCGGUUUAUCGCGUUUAUUACUAUUUGCUAGUUGAAAAGAAAUUAGUAAAUAGCAUUUAUCGCUUGGCCAAGGUCGGUUUGAUGCACUGAACGGGGGAAGGCCAUGACCGGCGACGACGGAGCUGUGGAGGCGACCUGCAGGAGGUUCGGCCCAAACUGCAGUGAAAUCGGCGACUCGGACUGCUUGGAAGCUUACAACCUCUACUGCGACUUCACCAAGAGACUCAUCUGCGAUGAUACAAGGUCCGAGUGCGGCGCUCGUCGUGACUCUCUGUACUCCCUUGAAGAGCACGAUGAGGACGUCGACGAGAACGAAAACACCAGGAAGCCGGUCAAGAAGAAUAAGCUAUCGCUGAAGUCGAUGAUCCUCGGUAGAAAAGAUGAUAAGCUGAAGAAGGGUGGGCGGAUGUACGCUUCGGCCGUCGACAUCUCCAAUAAACCGCUGAAAAGGAGCUCCUCGUUUCUCAAGAAGAAAAUCCUGAGCGAAGGCGCUCAGUUUCUGAAGAGGUCCUUCAGUUUCCGUGAUUACAACAAGAAACGCGAGAUCGACAAGUCCAGGGAGAAGCUGUCGGAGAACAAGAAUCGCGAAUGGGCGCAGAGUCUUCAGUCUCUGGUCGAGAUAGAUAACGCCGUCUCCUAUAACGACCUCAGCUUUGUCAACUACGACGCGCUCAACAACUGCAGUUACAAUGACAACGAGAAAGACAGGAACAAGAUCUGGAGGACUCAGAGUAUGGUUGUCAGUGGCUCGCUGGAUGCUCGCAGGCCGUCGAAACUGACGAGGGGAACUUCCGUUUCCGGUGUCUGCCAUGCAGCCACGUCAACGCUGCCAACCUACAAAAAUGAACAUUUGGGCACCGUUUCGUUACCAACAUUGAGCCAGCUGAAUGCGGAUAAUGCGGACGUUUCGCCGGAACCGAGUCCCACGCAUAAAUAUCGCAGAAGACCGCAGAGCGUCAGUUCGGAUGAUGGAAAACAGCGGCCGUACGCGAAUGGCAGCUUCCGGUCUGCCGGAAGUGGCUGCGCCAAGUUGAAACGGAACAACGCGUGCAGACAGAAGAGCCGGACCACCGUCGUUUCCAAUUCUCAUCUGGUUCGCAACUUUGACGAUGAUUCGGUAAGUCCACAAAAUAAAUGCACUAUCUAAAAAAAUAUAUGA